CCUCUCCAAUCUCACGCACCAAACCAAACCAAAGCAAGAGUGGUAACAGUGUUGCAAGAGUGAAGAACUUGUAACAGCAGUGUGAAAUGGCUUCAAAGGUUGCUCUUGUGUUGUGUCUGAACAUCUUGUUUUUCAGUGUGGUAAGCUGCACAUACGUGCCAUGCAACCCACCACCGAAAGCUCCGAAACACCCACCAUACACACCUGUGCCAAAGCCACCUUCCACAAACUAUGGGACUUGCCCUGCAGACACCCUUAAGUUUGGUGUGUGCGCUGAUGUGUUGGGUUUGAUCGGCGUGCAGCUUGGGAAGCCACCGAAGACGCCGUGCUGCGAACUCAUCCACGGCCUCGCCGAUCUUGAAGCCGCCGUCUGCCUCUGCACCGCUCUCAAAGCUAACAUCUUGGGCAUCAACCUCAAUGUUCCCGUCAAGCUCAACUUGCUCCUCAACUACUGUGGAAAGAAAACUCCUAAGGAUUUCCUCUGCAACUAAACAAACACUUUCAUAAACUUAAAUCACCAUGUCCUAAGCUUCUCUAUUUUGCUAUAUUCGUUAUUCAUCACUAUUCUGUGUACUUAGUGUUCCCUCUGCUGCUUGAAAUUUGGCCAACGAACAUUUCGUUCGUACUAGGUUUUUGCUGUUAUUAUCUUUGUCAUGAUUGAAAUGAAAGACUCCCUGGGAAGUCCCUUUGUAUUGUAUGUGAAAUUUCUACCAAUAAAAUUUUUAUAUUUUAGCUGAUAA